AGAUAUUUUUACAUCAUUACAAGAACAUGCAGGUUAUAUGCCAAUAACAGCGGAAAAGCAUGUUUUAACUUACUUAUGGUAUGUCGGUCACGAGAGUACAGGAUAUCGUGAUGUGGCAGACAGGUUUGGAAUUGCUAUAAGUACCCUGUAUGCUAUUAUAACAAGGGUUACAAGAUUUUUAAUGCAACUUGCUCCACAUAUAAUACAAUUUCCUACACUGGAAGAGAAAGAAGCAACAAUGGCAUAUUUUUUGGAGACGAAAAGAUUUCCUGGAAUUAUUGGUGCUAUAGAUGGCACACAUAUUCGAAUUGACAAACCACAAAAUGAUCACGAGUCGUAUAUUAAUAGAAAACAAUAUUUUCCUAUAUACCUGCAAGGUGUUGUGGAUCACAAGAUGAAAUUUAUUGAUGUAUUUAUUGGUUACCCUGGAUCAGUGCAUGAUGCGCGAGUGUUUCGAGAAUCUCUUUUGAAUGAAUCUCUUGCAGAAAUUUGUCCAAGAGAAUCGUAUUUAGUUGGGGACAGUGCCUAUCCCUGCUUAGAACAUUUGAUUGUUCGAGACAAUUUUGAUAUCGAAACAAUGGACAUCUAACACAUGCACAAAGC